UCAUGUCGAUAUCACGUGGUCAUCCAUUGUUUUGAAAACAUACGCAGUGUAAUUCUAUUAACUCGUUUUUUUUCUAAUAGCUUGAAAUUUUUUAACUUAAUUUUUUAAAUAUUUUUAUAUAAGAUCUUCAGAUAAAAAUGAUUUGCAUACAAUGCAGCCUUAAUGCUAAAUACAAAUGUCCAACAUGCCGUCAGCCGUAUUGCUCGGUAGGCUGCUAUAAAUUACACAAAGAAAAUCCAUGUUCUGCUCCUACUCUAGUAACAGAACUAAAAAAUAACGUAGUGCAUAAUGCCGUAGAAUAUGAAUAUCCAACUGAGGACACAGUACCAAUAGAAAAAUUACUAUUAUUGGAUAAAUCUGCCGAAGUGAAGAAAUGUUUAGAAAAUCCUUAUCUUCGGGAAGUGUUAGAAUUAUUAGACAAAUCUUCACAUCCUGAUGCUCUUAUAAAAGAAUAUAUGAUUGAGCCUAUAUUCACUGAAUUUGCUGACGCUUGCCUCAAGGUUGUGCAACCUAGAAGUGAUUUUGAAUAAAUGUUAAAAAAACACUAGUAUAUUACACAUACUACAC